AUGAAUUAUCCUGCAGAUAGUCUUGGACCCCUCCCCCUCACUCGACGUAGCCAUGGCGAGCAGCCACUUGACCACCGCUAUCUGGCGAAGACAACCGUCCGGAUCCAUGUUGGACCCUCUCCGGAGGCAGCGGAAGUUUAUGCUCCAUACCCACCCCCUUGGAAGAAACAAAGACUGACAGUAAAAUCCCACAAACGAGGUGUGUAACAAGCCCCCCCCCUUUUUUUUUGGCACCAUAACCUCUAUAACUGUAAAAUCCCACAACGGCCUUCCAACCAUAAUCUCCUAAUUUGCCUUAACCGCCUACACCAGUGAAAAUGCAACCGGUGGCAGCCGGAGACCUACAACGUACCGGCUUCUAUGGUACAUGCCGGCCCCUACUUCCUGCUCCUCCCAAAAAACGUGGGUAAGGGAAUACAUAGAAGUAGUUUCUCCCAUCGAGGACAGCUAGAAUUGUUCCCAGAAAGGUAAUAGGUAGAAACUAGUGCUUCAACUAGGAUCUCAUUUGCCCUUGUUAUCUGAACUACUCUCCCGCUUCAUAUCCUAUCACUCGCUUUCUCACGUUUUAGCCACUCUUGAAAGCAGUCAAGGUAGUCCUGAUAAAAAUAGAGGUAAUGGUAAGAUUGGAGGUUUUCACUGUGAAGCGGAGAUGUCUAAGGAGGAGAAGCGAUUAUAUUGUGAGUAAAUAUGUUUACCCGAUUGGUUCGAUGAAAACCUAAGAACGGAAAGGAAGAGAAAGGGAAAAAAAGGAAGAAGAGUUAUAUGGAGAAAAGGUUCCGA